GCCAGUCUUGCGCAAGUUGGUCACGCAGGGCCGUGCUGAGUCCUUUCGUUUGGCAGUGCCCACGGAGUCCAAUGGACGAGAAGCUGUCUACGCCUACCUGGACGAAGCAUCUGAGCUGAAGUCGCUGGCGGUGAACGAUCGCGCCAGCGCCAUCGCAGAAGCCUGUGGCUUCGCGGGCUGCAGAUUGCGCGGGGAUAUCUACAUAGGCCGUCUACGAUGGCUCCCGGGUGGCCUAGUGGAGAACAUUGACUUCCGACUGGCUGAUGUAGCAGUGGGCUCCUUCUGGAUGACACGCGCGGUGACCGAGAAUUUGCAGCAUCAAUCUGCGACCCAACCUGAAGAACAUGCGAAGGCGCAGGCAGCUGAAGAGAAAGCUGCCAGCGGUACUGGAGAUGGCUAUACGUGGAAGGACGAAGGCGAGGAACUGGAAGUGGUCUUUCAAAUCCCUCCCUCCACGGGAAAGAAGGACGUGAAGAUCGAAUUUCGACGUCAGGAAAUUCGGAUGCUGAAGCCAGAGGUGAAGACCUUGAAACUCUACAAGGCCGUGGACAUCGACGGUUGCUCCUUGACCCUUGGAUCCGGGCAGAUCGUGGUGACGUUGGAGAAAUGUGCCGCGGAGCCAUGGCCACAGUUGCUGAAGGAAGUGGAGGGCUUGUACCUCUGAGAUCCUUGAGUUGAGAAAUUUGAGGCCGGUUGUUUCGGAUGUAAGUUAAAGGGAACAUCUUUGCAGGAAACCUUGUGAAGUAUUUGAAGGGAAC